GCGCUGUGACCUAGGGGUUCAUAGAUCAACAAGACACUCAUAGGAUGCAAUUAAGCAUGGGCCAAUAGACAAUAUAGACAACAAGAUAUAAAUAAGUGAAAUAAUUCCAGUGAGUGCUGAGAUAAUAAAUUUGGGGAGAUGUGAUUGAAUAACAAGGAGGGAGAGCACUAAUUCGGAGUGAGAGAUUGUCAAGGAAGUGGAGUCUGAGCAGGUGACAUGUGAGCCGAAACCUGAAUGACCUGAGGAAGCCAGUUAUGGAAACCAUGGGAGAAGGGCACUCCAGGUGGAGGGAACUGCAAGUGCAAGUGCAAAGGCCCAGAGGCAGGAAUGCUUUGCAAUGGAGUGGAUUCCAACUCCAGUGCUCCUUCACCGUUGCUGCCUCCCUAGGUCCUCAGAGAGACCACUUGGUGUCCUGGGCCUGUCUUAAACUCAGUGCUAAGGUGCCAACUUAUCCAGGAAGGCAGCAGCUCUCUGAGGUGGUGGGUCCCCCUCCCAGAAGCCCUGUGGCCAAACCGGAUCUGAGUUUCCUGAUUCCUGUUUGGCAGUGGGAAGGGGACAUCCUCCCCUCCUUCCCUCCCCAGGCUCUAGCCCCAGCCCCAGCCCCAAUCUCCAUGGCAACCUUAAACACAAUCCUGAUCUGAAGGAGGAUCUGGAACUGGGAGCACAAAGAUCACUGUGAAGAGAUGGGAGGAGCCGGCGGACAUGCCAGUCUCCCCUGAGACCCCAAACGGAAGAUCCUGCAGGUCUGUCCCACUGCUGGGCAUAGCAGGGCCUGGAUGGAGGCCUGUCUUCUGCAGCUACCCUAAAGGCUGCUCCUGCUGGGGGCGGCCGCCCUGUCUGCAUUUGCUCUGGAGACAGCGGACCUGGUGGACCUCUGUGGGCAGACGUGGCAGGGGGACGCGCUGCUGCUGCGCUCGCACUCGGCGUCGCGUAGGUUCUAUUUCGUGGACCCGGACACCGACUGCGGGCUCUGGGUGCGGGCGGCGGCCCCCGGGGAGUUCCGCUUCUUCCUGGUCUACAGCUUGACGCCCGCCUCCCUGGCGCCCCCAGAGCCCAACGCCUCCUUCCCGGCUCCAGCCGAUCCUUGCGUCCCCCGGUCCUACCUGCAGUUCUACGAGGGCCCGCUGGGGGCGCCCCGGCCCCUGGGGGCCACUGUCUGUGGCCUGACCAUCCCUGCCCCCGUGACAUCGUCUGGACCCUUCUUGGGCCUGUGCCUGCUCACGAGAGGCCGCCAGCCCUGCGUGGACUUCGUGGGCGAAGUCACCUCUUCCCGGUUAGGAUCCUGUGGUGGCUACUUCCUCUGUCGGAAUGGCAGGUGCAUCCCCCCAAGCUUGGUGUGUGAUCGCUGGGGCAUGGACAACUGUGACGAUGGUAGUGACCAGGCUUCCUGGCCACCCGCUGACUGCAGAGAUCCUUCUCUGGUGCCCAGCCAGGCAGGGAGCACAGAUGGCACCUUCAAGCCCCUGACUGUGUCCCUAGCUCUUGAUUCUGCAGGCCCCCUCCAGACGGCAGCUGAGAGAGGCCUAGCAGGCCAGGACCCUGCACAAAAGGAUGCGGCUCCGGAAGGCAGAUGAAUCCUGGUUAUCAACUGCUCCCGCCACUCCCACCAGGAUCCCACUUAUCCUUCUCCAGACGGUGGAGAAGAGGCAGCAGGCUCAGGCUGAGGCCUGACUGGACACCCUCUUU